UGUUGUUGUCUUUUGUAUUUUUGUUGUUUAUUGGUGAAAGAGCUGUCACCUUCUGACAAACAGAUGUUUUCGUUGCAAAAUAUGCAGAAAUAUGCAUGUUGCUGUGGUCCUCUCUGCUAGAGGAUUGACUUAGACUUUCCUCCUGUAGGUAACACUUCUUUCAUGACGUGUCAUUGUUGCUUUCUGCCCUGUCAGCACCUUUAAAGGUUGGAAUCGUUCCCAGUUUGUCUUUCACUCAGGUUAUCCAGGUAAUACAGGUAUGUCCACCUCGGGAAGUGUGGAGUUGGGUAUUGCCAUUGGCAUUUUACAGCGAGCAGUUGAGCUCGACAAAAACAAUCGGUUCACUGAAUCAUUAGUUUGCUACGAACAGGGCUUAAGAGUACUUUUGGAAGUAAUUAAAAACACAACGGAUGGAGCAAAAAAAACUCAACUUCGACUUAAGGUGGAAGAGUACAUGACACGAGCAGAAUCAAUUAAGAAGCUAAUAGCUGAUAAGAAAGCUCGUGGUGAAUACAGGGAGCAGGUUGUAAUAGAAGCGGAUUCAACUGGUCACAGUUACGAAAGUGUAUUUGGCCGAUUUUUGGAUGCAGAGGUGACUGAUAUAUCAGUUGAAGAUCCAUAUAUCAGAAAUUUCCACCAGUGUCAAAACUUUUUAAAGUUCUGUGAACUAGCAGUCAUGAAUUGUUCCAAUCUGAAAACAAUUAGUCUGGUAACAAAUAUCGGUCACAGCCAACAAGAGGCUCAAGAUACAAAUUCAUGGCUUAAUUCAUUGAAGAACUCUUUACAACCUCGCAAUGUAACUUUGUCAGUAGAAAUACGGCCUACACUCCAUGACAGAACUAUUAGGCUAAGCAAUGGCUGGAUCAUCAAGAUUGGGAGAGGUUUAGAUUAUUUUAAGUCUCCUGAGAAUAAAAUGGCUCUAGGAGUUUUUAACAUGGACUUGAGAAAAUGUCAUGAAACAACGGUAGAUAUAUUUCAUAAAGGAGCUAACAAUACAACAAACUCCAUUCAUUGGAUAUAAAACAGUAAAUCAAAUUCAGCAACACCACCGUUAUCAAUAACGAAAACAAAACAAAAAGCUUAUGGAAGAAAUAAAUUGAAGCUCUAUUGAGGGUCACUG